AUGGCAAGAUACUCUUUCUACUUCGGCAUCGAGAUCGAGCUCAUUUCCGGACCUCACGUAGUCCGACACCCACUGGGCCGAAGGUUCUACUACGAGAAACUCGCUGCAUCUCUCCGCUCCCAUGGCCUUGAUGCAAAGGCAGAUUCCCUGGAAGGCAAAUACCGCAAGCAUUCCGAGCAUUACGACAAAUGGUUCCUCACAAAAGAUGGAUCGUUGGGCAACCCAGCCCACCCUGCCAUUCCCAUAGAAGCCGUGUCCCCAGUACUCAGCACCAGCGACCCCUGGGAAACCGAGAUCGACCUCUUCUGGACCUCGUGGAACCGGGUCUUCGAAAUUCCCCGCCGCUCCGCCAAAUGCGGCAGCCACAUCCACGUCUCCCCCGGGCCCAACAAGCGCUUCACCAUGAAGGAGCUGAAGAAUAUCGCCUGCGGCAUCGUCUUUUACGCGAACAACCUGAACGACAUGCUCCCCGCUCCUCGCCGCAACAACGCGUACUGCCAGAAAAACUGGCAAGCGUCAUAUGUCGGCAUGUGGUACGAGAGCGGCUCCAACAUCGACGUCCAACUGACCAUGGAACGGAUUUGGAAGGUCGAUGACGAGCAGGAGUUGAAGCGCUUUAUGCAACAGGACCGGCGCGUGAUGUGGAACUUCGAGCACAUCGUCCCCGGCGCCCGCUGUACCGGCACCAUCGAGUUUCGAGGUGGGCGCGGCCUCAGAGGUCCAAACCGGACAAAAUGGUGGAUUGCCUUUGUCGUAUCAUUCAUCCAGCUCUGCAUAUCCAGUAAACGCUUCCCUCACAAAAAGGCAAGCGAUCGUCCACAGACAGAUGACUUCUGGAAAAAAAUCAAAAGAUACGCCCGCACUAUUCAAGUCACAGACGACCUGCCGCCAGACUGGCGCGACCUGAAUGAGUCCUACAGUAGUGGACAUUGGGAAGACACGGUGGACAGCGACGAGGACGACUCGGAGAUAUCGUCGAUCUUGUCAAAGAGUGCUUCCGAGUACUCGGAUUCGGGCUACACAUCGGGGGACGAGAGUUAA